GCGAGAUGGGGGCACGCGGCUUGGUCGCGUGGUUGAUUUGGGUCAAUCUGGCGACCGCGGCGGCGUCUGUCGCCUCCGACAAGGUCGGGGUUCCGGUGAGGACCGCGGGCGGGACCGCACCCGCGUGCUCGCGCGAGCGCUCCCGCCACGCCCGCGGGGUGCUCGACGAUUUCUUCCACCCCGUCGCGGAUCGGAAUCGCUACCGCCUUCCCCCCAACUGCCCGUUCGAUCGCUCCAAGGACAUGUAUCUGGAGCACGAGAAGCACAAGGAGGUGGUACGACGGACGCAGUAUAAGAGCCUGUACUCCGAUAAGACCUUCUACAACGAGUACUACGUGGACAAGCACAUGGACAACCGGCACAUGGACAAGGUCCCACCCGGCGCCGACGUUUGCCUCGCGGACUACUGCGAGGUGCUGCGGUGCGAUGAGCAUCAGGCGUGGAAACAUCCGGAGCUUCGUAAGACCGUCGGGUCCUCGGCGAGCAGGUCGAGGUGCAGCCAGGAGCGGAUGAGGGGCUUGAGGCACUUCUGCGAGGUGCUCAUGAGCGGGUGCUUCCCGACUGGCGGGGGCCCAGACGGCGACGCGGGGACGGCGGCGAGGUUGAGGGAGUACUUCACGCGGCACCACUGCGACAUGCUCACCUGCGACGGCGUGCGCGACAUGUUCGGCGUACUGGGAAGUCACCACGCCGUCGCGGGAGGUGGAGGGUACGUGCUGGUCCUCAUCGUGGUCUUCGCCGCCGUCGGCUGCUAUUACCUGUUUGUGUGGCACGCCGUGAGGGACGGGAGGAGGAGCGCGGACCUGCGGCGGGCGAGGAAGGAGACCCUGGGGACCCGCGCGGAGAGGUGGCUCGUCUCCUUUUCGAAGAAGCUGCCGUUUAGCAAAGGACGAAAGAAGAAGCUCUAUUAGUUUAUAGGCUAGUAACGUGGAGAAGCAAGCCGGAGACGUGUGUGUAACGU